CACAGUUUGUGCCCCACUUAGCCUACAACGAAUUGAUUUCAAGUGGUGGCACCAGGGCUUCGCCUAAGCCCACAACUGAAUUGAACUUUUUGCGCAAAGUGGGAAUUUCUAACCUCGCAUCAUCAACCUCAACGCCAAUUUCCUUUCAUCCACCACCAAUUCACCUUCCGACAACCCCUUCACAAUGUCGCAACCGAGCACAAAGAAGACGUUCGGAAAGUCGACCCGGGAGGUCCCUCACCCUUCCCAGAAGGCACAGAAGUGGUACCCGGCCGACGAUGAAGCCAAGCCCAAGUCUGUCCGCAAGGCUCUCCGACCUUGGGCUCCGCGAAACUCGCUACAGCCCGGUACCGUCCUCAUCCUCCUCGCUGGCCGCUUCCGAGGCAAGCGCGUAGUCCUCCUCAAGGCUCUCGACCAAGGUGUCCUCCUCGUCACCGGCCCCUUCAAGAUCAACGGUGUCCCCCUACGACGAGUGAACUCCCGAUACGUGAUCGCCACAUCCUACAAGAUCGACCUUAAGGGUCUUGACCAGAGCAAGAUUGAGGAGGUCGCGCAAGCCCAGUACUUCACCCGAGACAAGGCUAAGGACAAGGCGAGCGAGGAUGCGUUCUUCAAGCAGGGCGAGAAGCCUCAGAAGAAGGAGAUCAGCAGCAGCCGAGCAGCGGACCAGAAGACCAUCGACAAGGCCCUGAUCGCCAACAUCAAGAAGGUAGACCUUCUUGCCAGCUACCUCGCUAGCUCAUUCAGCCUCCGAAAGGGCGACAAGCCCCACGAGAUGAAGUGGUAGUUUCGACGCGAGGGGACGGAAGGGUUCACGGACGAUGAGAGAUGAGGAUUCCUGCUUUUAGAGAAAAAUUUAUCAAAUGACUUUGCGGACGGCGGAUCGCGGAACUGGGCUGGCUUUUGCCAAUUGCAUCUGGACGUUGAGACAUCGGUCACAUUGAUUCUGGCGUCUGUAAUCGAGGUUCUAGUCAAUAAACGACUAUCAAGGCAAAAAAACAAUAAUUACUGCAUGGCGUUACGUUGGUGACAUCUCUCUACUUGCUAAUAGCUUCCACAGAAAUUAACAGAAGUUCUUACAAUAAC